UCUCAAACUAAACAGAAAGCUGAAGAAAAUGUUAGGACUAGUGAAGCUAUUGGCCUUAACUUUGAUAUGGUGGAGCAGUAGUGUUGAACAUGCAGAUGCAGCAACACAGAAAACACGUCUAAUAAACACAGGGUGCAGCCCAUUCAACGCUUCCAACGCGCGCAGCUUCUUAGCAAAUGUCAAUGAUUCAUUUUCAGAGAUGAGAGCAGAAGUUAGCAACCAAAGCAAACUCUUUGGCACAUCACAGAAAUCAAGGGGAGGGACCCUCACAUAUACAAUGUUUCAAUGCAGAAACUAUCUCUCCAAAAAUGAUUGUCUUUCUUGCUUCGACACUGCCUCCACCCAAAUCCGCAACUGCUCCAAAGCCAAUGGCGCCAGAGUUAUCUACAACGAUUGCUUCCUCAGGUACGAGAGCGAGAGGUUCUACCAACAGACCAACGAACUUGGCAGUGGGGUAACGUGUGGGAACACCAGUUUAAAAACCACUCGUGAUUUUAAAGUAGUUGGACAACAGGCACUCACGGAGAUUCAAACAGCAACACCUAAAACUAAAGGGUUUUAUGCAGCUACCAAGACACAGGUGGAUGAUGGUUCUGCAAUUUAUGCCAUUGCACAGUGUGUUGAAACUGCCGCAGAAAGUGAUUGUUUGAAAUGCAUGCAAGUUGCAUACAAUAACUUACAGAGUUGCCUUCCCAACACAGAUGGUACAGCAUAUGAUGCAGGCUGUUUUAUGAGAUACUCCACCACACCUUUCUUUGCUGCUAAUCAAACCAUUGAUAUUCGAUCCUACUUAAAACAAGGAAGUUCAGGAAAGAAGGGGGGAAUUAUAGGUGGUGUUGUAGGAGGUUUUGUUCUCCUCCUAAUUCUGUUCUUUGUCUGGAGGAUGUCUAGAAAAAGAAACAAGGUUCACAGAGGUGACAUAUUGGGAGCAACUGAGUUAAGAGGACCAGUUAACUACAAAUAUAAUGAUUUGAAAGCUGCAACUAAAAAUUUCAGUGCUGAAAAUAAACUUGGAGAAGGAGGUUUUGGUGCUGUAUACAAGGGUACUCUAAAAAAUGGAAAAAUUGUUGCCAUAAAGAAAUUAGUGUUGGGAAAAUCAAGCAAGAUGGAGGAUGAUUUUGAAGGUGAAGUGAAACUUAUAAGCAAUGUUCAUCAUCGGAAUCUCGUUAGACUUCUUGGUUGCUGCAGUAAAGGGGAAGAGAGAAUUCUGGUAUACGAGUACAUGGCAAAUAGUAGCCUUGACAGAUUCUUAUUUGGUGCUAAAGGUUCCCUCAAUUGGCAACAACGUUACGAUAUAAUUUUGGGCACAGCAAGAGGACUAGCAUAUUUACAUGAAGAGUUCCAUGUGUCCAUCAUACACAGAGAUAUAAAGACAGGCAAUAUCUUGCUAGAUGAUGAUCUUCAACCCAAAAUUGCUGAUUUUGGUUUGGCAAGGCUUCUGCCAGGGGAUCGUUCCCAUCUCAGCACAAAAUUUGCAGGAACAUUGGGAUACACAGCACCUGAGUAUGCAAUGCAUGGUCAAUUAUCAGAGAAGGCUGAUACCUACAGCUAUGGUAUUGUAGUUCUAGAAAUUAUAAGUGGUCAAAAGAGUACUGAUGUGAAGAAUGAGGAGGAAUGUCGUGAAUACCUUCUUCAACGAGCUUGGAAACUGUAUGAGAGAGGCCUGCAGUUGGAGCUUGUGGACGAGGCCAUAGACCCUAAUGAGUAUGAUGCAGAAGAAGUAAAGAAAAUCAUAGAAAUUGCGUUGUUGUGCACUCAGGCAUCUGCAGCAAGUAGGCCAACAAUGUCUGAAGUAGUAGUGCUACUCAAAAGCAAGAGCUUAAUGGAGCACAUGCGACCAACUAUGCCUGUGUUUGUUGACACCAAUAUGAUAAAUAGGGAAGGCAACUCUGCUAGUUCAUCUAAUGCCACUGUCUCCAUUUCUGUUCUAUCAGCUCGAUGAUUAUGAGAAUUUAAUCACUUUGAACCAAAUAAAUUACCAGAAUAAAUUAGACAAAAGCUUUGGAUAAUAACUUUUCAUCAUG